AUGGCUGGAGGGUUAGAAGUGAAAGUUUACUACGAGGUAUGGGUAUGGAACUAUGAAAUCAAGAAUCAAGUCAGCCUAUCGUCGGCUUCUAAAAGAUCAUCUUACUGGUGGGUAAAUGGCCCUUCCAUAGUGUCUGAUGAAAAUGGUAGUAGUAAAAAGGGGUUGAUGAAAUACGACAAGAUGAAGGAAAGGUUGCCUCUUUAUGACUGA